AUGGCACAACAAUUCAUUGAUAUUGGUGCAAAUUUGACUGAUAGUAAUUAUCAAGGUGUUUAUCAUGGUAGAACAUUGCACCAAGCUGAUUUGGAUAUUGUUCUUAAGAGAGCUGAGAAACAUGGGUUGAGUCAUAUCAUAAUAACAUCUGGGUGUCUAAGAGACUUGAAAGAAGCGAUUCAGUUAAUUGAGAAGUAUCAACCGACGACUCAUAUAAAACUCUCAACAACAGUUGGCGUUCAUCCGACACGAACAAACGAAUUAAAGACUGUGGGAUACUUUGAGGAAAUGAUGGACAUUUGUGAGAAGAAUAUGGAGAAGAUUUGUGCUAUUGGCGAAUUAGGGUUGGACUAUGACAGACUUCAUUUUUCGGAUAAAGCUACUCAAUUUGCUGGACUGCGGAAACAUAAAAUAUUACAUGAGAAAUACCCACACCUACCAUUCUUCUUUCAUUGUAGGAGUGCCUGGGAGGAUUUCAAGACAAUCUGUGAAGAAAUAGGAUUUGUGAAUUGUAAAGGUGUUGUCCACUGCUAUGACGGUGACGCGGAGACAAUUGUGGAAAUACUGAAAUUGGGAUGGGACGUCGGAGUCACCGGCCUUUCGUUGCAAACGGAAGACCAGUUACAAGUGAUGCGAACUAUCCCACUCGAUCGAUUACAUAUAGAAACCGACUGCCCGUACUGUUCCCUCAAAAGAAACUCUGCUGGGACCAAAUUUCUGAAGAACAAGGAUUACGGCGUGAAGGAAGAGAAAUACGACCCAACUAGGGUUGUCGCACGACGGAAUGAGCCAUGUCUCAUAUUUGAAAUCGCCACGAUUAUGGCGAAAAUCAUGGGUAUAGAUCUGUUCACGCUCACAACAACAGUGCAUGCGAAUUCAAUGAAAAUGUUUUUCCCUUAA